AUCUAUGCUGUGGAAUAACUAUGGUAAUAAAUAUUGACAGAUAAGAACAAUUAUUGUAAUUAUUUAUUAAAAUCAAUUAAAAUGCAUUAUUUAUUUAUUUAUUAACUCGUUAAGAUGAGUUAAAUAUUAAAAACAUUAAGUAAACAAGUGACAGUGAAAGUUAUUUUUCAAUGCUAUAUGAAUUACAAGACAAACAAAUUACUUAAGCACCUGCUAUUCCAAAAUGGGACCUUCAGAAGAAGUCUGUUAUAGUCUAAUUAAAUGGUUGCAAGCUGUUGAAUCCAAAGGUAGUCGCUCAGUCGCAGAGCUAAGUGAUGGUGUAGCAAUGAUGAGAUUGUUAGUACAAAUAUCUCCAGAGAAUUUCAGCAAAUUAGAAGGAAAAGUCAAACAUGAUGUGGGGUCCAAUUGGAGGUUAAAAGUGAGCAAUUUAAAGAAGAUUGUCGAGAGCAUCUUAGAAUAUUAUCAAGAUAUCCUCAACUUGCAAGUUCUAGACAUUGGAAAACCUGACUUGAAUAAAAUUGCCGAGAAAAGUGAUUUAAUACAGUUGGGAAAACUUUUACGUUUAAUAUUAGGCUGUGCUGUCAAUUGUGAGCAAAAGCAACAAUACAUUACUCAGAUCAUGGAUCUAGAAGAAUCUGUACAACAGAGUAUUAUGCAAGCAAUUCAACAACUUGAAGAAGUUACAGGAAACACCGGAAGAUCAGGAUUAAGCUUUCUUAGUUUGGAAAGUGACACACGAAUAAUAAAAUUAAUGUCAGACCUUGAAUCAGCUAAUGAAAUUAAAGAUUCUUUGGCUCAACAAUGCCACAACUUAGAAACACAAGUUCAGUGCCUCAUUGAGGAAAAACAAACGUUACUAUCAGACAAUCAGAUGCUCUCUAAAAGAGUCAGAGAAUUAGAAACAACAGGAACAGUUAGGAGUCCUGAUAACAGGAGGCAACUAGACUUGUUAAAAGAAGAACUCUUCAAAGUUGAAACUGUUAAAGAUGAUUACAAAGCUAAAAUUUUAGAACAAGACAAGCAGAUUCUCAUACUUCAGGAGAAAGUAGGAGAAUUACAGCUUGUUGCUGAUACAGCAGCACGACUCAAAGAUGAAGUUGAUGCCUUAUCUGAAUCGGCAGACAAAUUGCAUGAGCUUGAAGUGACCAUUGCUUCUUAUAAAAAGAAGUUAGAAGAUUAUGGGGACAUCAAAAAGCAACUAAAAACUUUAGAAGAUAAGAAUGUUGAGUAUUACCAGCAAAAUUUAAAAUAUGAAGAAGAAUUGAAGAGCACCAGCUUCUGGAAAAACCAGUGCGAAAUUUAUAAAGGUCAAAUUGCUGAACUUCAACAGAAACUAGAUGAAGAAGUUCAACGCUCUGAUAAAGCCCUAUUUCAACUUAAAAAUGUCGAAACAAAGCUGAAUGCUUUGCAAGGAGAAAAAUCAAGAUUGGCACAAGAGCGGGACGCUCUUCGUGAAGAAAACGAGGAACUGAAAAUGGGAACAGGAGAAAGCUCGGUAAGCGGUGCUGAUGUUGCCCGAGAACUUGCGCCUGCCGAAAUGAAGGAAAGGCUACGGUUUUUGGAAAGAGAAAAUGCAACAUUAAGAGCCUUAACCCAAGAAGCCGCUGCAAAAAAAACCUUACUGGACGAUGCCCAAAACCGCAUCGAGAAAUUGACCGAGCAGAACCGCAAUAUUAAUCAAAAAGUACUAGAAUUAGAAGAGCAACUCCAAGAACAGCGGAAAUCUUCUCCAACAGAUCAAAGCCCGUUACAAUCUGAAAUUGUAGUUAAAGAGCAAAAACAAAAAAUUGCAAGCCUUCAAGAAGCAUUAUCUGUAAAAGAGAGCGAUCUCCAAACACUUCAAGCUAAAUAUACUAAGUAUGUAGAAAAGGCCAAGGAAGUGGUUCAAAAUAUGGAACAUAAAUCGAACGGUAGCCUUCGUUCUAUACAACACGGUAGUAUGAAGGAAAGCGAAGAGAAGUUCCUCGUUAGUGCCUUUCAUAAAAUGAGCAUGUUAUGUCACAAAGAGGCUGUGGAUGAACGGUUAGCAUUGUUGAGUGCUGGCCAGGGUCAAUCGUUUCUAAGCAGACAGAGAGCACCAAUACCAAGGAAACCAGUCCAUUCGUUUAAGUCAAAGAAUGUUACAUUGAAAUGUCUGACGGAAAUCGCUGGUGUUACUGUAAGUAAUUACGACGAAAUGUUUGUGACACUGUUCAGUCAAACCAUGGCCCAACUGGAGGUGAUGUUGCCCUCUCAAAUAGACAUUAGAAGCGCCUACGCUAUGGGCCAAGACCAAGAGCAAAACUUUAUACAGAAUUUGGCCAUGUUCCUGUGCACGUUCCUUAAAGAACAUGGCAAUUUAGCUGAACAGAACGAACCCUUGUUAAAGAACGCUCUACACUACUUGCUGCUCAUUUCUGCUGUGGACGAAGUAGAAAUAUUCAAAAUUUGUUUAGAAUAUUGGAACGUGCUGACGGGUGAGUUGUAUAGAGAAGUUCCGUAUGGGGGCGCGCAGCCUAUAUUCUUCGGAGGAACUCGCAGGGCCUUGUAUCAAGAUUGCCUGAAACGCCUGCGUUAUAUAAUGAUCUCUCGAAUGGCUAAGCCCGAAGAAGUUCUAGUUGUGGAAAACGACAACGGCGAAGUGGUUCGCGAGUUCAUGAAGGACACGGACUCUAUAAAUUUGUACAAGAGCAUGCGCGAAACUCUUGUAUAUCUCACCCACUUGGACUAUGUCGACACUUUACGUAUAAUGACAGAGAAGCUGCAGAAUCAAGUGAACGGCUCCGAAUGGUCCUGGAAGAAUCUGAACACUUUGUGCUGGGCUAUCGGGAGCAUUUCGGGGGCUAUGCACGAAGAAGACGAGAAACGUUUUCUUGUAACUGUAAUUAAAGAUCUCCUGGGACUUUGCGAGCAAAAACGAAAUAAGGACAACAAAGCGAUAAUCGCGUCGAAUAUAAUGUACGUUGUGGGGCAGUAUCCGCGCUUCUUACGCGCUCAUUGGAAAUUUCUGAAAACGGUCGUUAAUAAGUUGUUUGAGUUCAUGCACGAAACGCACGAUGGAGUGCAGGACAUGGCCUGUGACACAUUCAUUAAGAUUGCCCUUAAAUGUCGCAGGCACUUUGUAACAACGCAAAUCGGCGAGACGUGCCCCUUCAUCGAAGAUAUUCUGGCCUCGAUAUCGACGAUAAUCUGCGACCUGCAGACGCAACAAGUUCAUACCUUCUACGAAGCCGUCGGUUAUAUGAUCUCCGCGCAGGUUGACACUGCUGCCCAAGAAGCACUGAUUGAGAAAUACAUGUUGCUUCCUAACCAGGUAUGGGAUGAUAUAAUAUCUCAAGCAAGCAAAAAUGUAGACGUUCUUAAGGAAAUUGACGUUGUCAAACAGCUAGGUAGUAUUUUGAAGACCAAUGUAAGAGCCUGCAAAGCCCUCAACCAUGCUUAUGUGGUCCAGCUGGGGAGAAUAUACCUCGACAUGUUAAAUGUGUAUAAGGUCAUGUCCGGGAACAUAACUGCAGCAAUAGCGCUGAAUGGGGAGCAAGUUACAAAACAGCCCCUGAUCAAGAGCAUGAGGGUUGUCAAGAAAGAAACGUUGAAGUUAAUCUCGGAUUGGAUAAUGAGAUCGAAUGAUCAUGUUAUGGUGCUCGAAAAUUUCAUUCCGCCCCUCCUGGACGCUGUACUUCUGGACUACCAGAGGACGGCCGUUCCAUCGGCGAGAGAACCGGAAGUUCUUAGUGCCAUGGCCACUAUUGUCAACAAACUCGAGGAUGAUAUCACAUCAGAGAUCCCAAAAAUUUUCGACGCCGUGUUCGAGUGUACGCUGGCAAUGAUAAACAAAGACUUUGAGGAGUACCCAGAACACAGGACCAACUUUUUCCUACUCUUACAAGCAGUCAACAACUACUGCUUCCCCGCCUUCCUAAGCAUACCGCCGGCCCAGUUCAAGCUCGUUCUGGACAGCAUUAUCUGGGCAUUCAAACAUACAAUGCGUAACGUGGCCGACACCGGCCUCCAGAUCCUCCAACGACUCCUGCAGAAUUUCGAAUUGAACGGACAGCCAGCCUCGAGUUUUUACCAGACAUAUCUCACGGAUAUCUUACAACACAUCUUCUCUGUUGUGACCGAUUCGUCGCACACGGCGAGCCUAUCAAUGCACGCGAAUAUUCUGGCGAUGAUCUUUAUGCUAGUGGAUACGGGAAGGAUCAGGUGUCAACUAGGACCGACGCCAGACAACGUCUUGUACCUGCAGGAAUUUACCGGAUCGCUUCUAAGGUCCGCAUUCCCUCAUCUAACCGACAACCAAAUCAAAAUCACGGUCCAAGGAUUCUUCUCGCUUCACCAAGACAUACCCGCAUUUAAGGAGCAUUUGAGAGACUUCCUGGUGCAAAUAAGAAGACAAACAAAUUACUUAAGCACCUGCUAUUCCAAAAUGGGACCUUCAGAAGAAGUCUGUUAUAGUCUAAUUAAAUGGUUGCAAGCUGUUGAAUCCAAAGGUAGUCGCUCAGUCGCAGAGCUAAGUGAUGGUGUAGCAAUGAUGAGAUUGUUAGUACAAAUAUCUCCAGAGAAUUUCAGCAAAUUAGAAGGAAAAGUCAAACAUGAUGUGGGGUCCAAUUGGAGGUUAAAAGUGAGCAAUUUAAAGAAGAUUGUCGAGAGCAUCUUAGAAUAUUAUCAAGAUAUCCUCAACUUGCAAGUUCUAGACAUUGGAAAACCUGACUUGAAUAAAAUUGCCGAGAAAAGUGAUUUAAUACAGUUGGGAAAACUUUUACGUUUAAUAUUAGGCUGUGCUGUCAAUUGUGAGCAAAAGCAACAAUACAUUACUCAGAUCAUGGAUCUAGAAGAAUCUGUACAACAGAGUAUUAUGCAAGCAAUUCAACAACUUGAAGAAGUUACAGGAAACACCGGAAGAUCAGGAUUAAGCUUUCUUAGUUUGGAAAGUGACACACGAAUAAUAAAAUUAAUGUCAGACCUUGAAUCAGCUAAUGAAAUUAAAGAUUCUUUGGCUCAACAAUGCCACAACUUAGAAACACAAGUUCAGUGCCUCAUUGAGGAAAAACAAACGUUACUAUCAGACAAUCAGAUGCUCUCUAAAAGAGUCAGAGAAUUAGAAACAACAGGAACAGUUAGGAGUCCUGAUAACAGGAGGCAACUAGACUUGUUAAAAGAAGAACUCUUCAAAGUUGAAACUGUUAAAGAUGAUUACAAAGCUAAAAUUUUAGAACAAGACAAGCAGAUUCUCAUACUUCAGGAGAAAGUAGGAGAAUUACAGCUUGUUGCUGAUACAGCAGCACGACUCAAAGAUGAAGUUGAUGCCUUAUCUGAAUCGGCAGACAAAUUGCAUGAGCUUGAAGUGACCAUUGCUUCUUAUAAAAAGAAGUUAGAAGAUUAUGGGGACAUCAAAAAGCAACUAAAAACUUUAGAAGAUAAGAAUGUUGAGUAUUACCAGCAAAAUUUAAAAUAUGAAGAAGAAUUGAAGAGCACCAGCUUCUGGAAAAACCAGUGCGAAAUUUAUAAAGGUCAAAUUGCUGAACUUCAACAGAAACUAGAUGAAGAAGUUCAACGCUCUGAUAAAGCCCUAUUUCAACUUAAAAAUGUCGAAACAAAGCUGAAUGCUUUGCAAGGAGAAAAAUCAAGAUUGGCACAAGAGCGGGACGCUCUUCGUGAAGAAAACGAGGAACUGAAAAUGGGAACAGGAGAAAGCUCGGUAAGCGGUGCUGAUGUUGCCCGAGAACUUGCGCCUGCCGAAAUGAAGGAAAGGCUACGGUUUUUGGAAAGAGAAAAUGCAACAUUAAGAGCCUUAACCCAAGAAGCCGCUGCAAAAAAAACCUUACUGGACGAUGCCCAAAACCGCAUCGAGAAAUUGACCGAGCAGAACCGCAAUAUUAAUCAAAAAGUACUAGAAUUAGAAGAGCAACUCCAAGAACAGCGGAAAUCUUCUCCAACAGAUCAAAGCCCGUUACAAUCUGAAAUUGUAGUUAAAGAGCAAAAACAAAAAAUUGCAAGCCUUCAAGAAGCAUUAUCUGUAAAAGAGAGCGAUCUCCAAACACUUCAAGCUAAAUAUACUAAGUAUGUAGAAAAGGCCAAGGAAGUGGUUCAAAAUAUGGAACAUAAAUCGAACGGUAGCCUUCGUUCUAUACAACACGGUAGUAUGAAGGAAAGCGAAGAGAAGUUCCUCGUUAGUGCCUUUCAUAAAAUGAGCAUGUUAUGUCACAAAGAGGCUGUGGAUGAACGGUUAGCAUUGUUGAGUGCUGGCCAGGGUCAAUCGUUUCUAAGCAGACAGAGAGCACCAAUACCAAGGAAACCAGUCCAUUCGUUUAAGUCAAAGUAGAACUUUCAAUAUUAUUGGAUUUUUUAAUNCUUUU